AUGGCUGGCGACAGUCGCCGCACGUCUCCAGACCCUUCGGACGAUUCGGAGUUCGGCUGGUCGAGUCCCGACGACGAGGAGGACUCCCUCUCGGACGAGCUUUACGAUGAAGCCGAGGAGUAUGAAGUGGAGGAUAUGGAAGUCGAUGACUUCCAGAACGACAUGUGCGAGGAAGGAGGGGAGGGCGGAAUAAUCAACGCCCUGGGAGAGUCCGGUCUAGCAGUCGUUCCAAUGGCCGGCGACGGCAACUGCCAAUACCGUGCGAUAGCCCAUCAGCUGUGGGGCGACGCCACACGACACGCCGAGGUCCGGGCGGCCGCCUUCGCCACUAUGCGAGAGAAUCCAGUUGCGUUCGCCAACCUCGUCGAGCCGUUGCAUGACGAGGAGGCAGCAGAAUGCAUCGCUCGGCUGCAGCACGAAGGCGAGUUCGGCGACCAUGGAUCGCUCAUCGCUGCAGCGAUUACAUACGGCCGGAACGUCGUGGUGGUAACGGGUCUGGGGACGCAAGUAUACCGUUCGGAGGACUUCGGCGGCAUUGUCGUCGGACCGCCGCUCUGGGUCGUCUACAACCCCGACACGCUCCACUACGAUGCAGUCGCUCCCACAGUCGGCCCAAGGUCUGUUGGCCUGGGUGUAACGCCCCAGACUGUGCAUGAUGCCAUUGAGCGCUACAGGGAUGGGUCGACCACGGCCACCUCGACGACUCAGGCGACCUGCGCGAGGCAGACCGCUCACGUGGAGAUCGCUCCGCUUCGGCUGGAGGAUAUGUCGGACCAAGAGAGACAAGACUUGCGUCGCGACCUGAACGCUCUAUUUCAUACAGCACGCAACGAUAGUGAGGCAAGAGACGAGUUGGUCAAUGGUCUCCUCAAGUACCUGAACCCGAAACUCCUGCGGCUCUGGGUUCGCAGUCUCAAUGGUGGCCCCAUGCCCACCGCCGACGAGCUGGCGAGUAUUGGUGGUUAUCGCCUCGACGCUGUCGUUGCUUAUCUCAAGUUGGCUCGUCGUCUCAGAUCAGCCCCACCCACCGUCCCUAACGUUGCUUACUCAGGUCACACCGGAGCCCCAGCGAGCCGCCGCCGCGACCAUUACAAGGCGGCCCUGCGCUUGGUUCCUGGCACAGGGUUCCGCGAUCUGUAUCGGGCAAACCGACCUCAUCACCGCUUUCCCGAGAUUGUCGGGACGCUGGCGGUCCCUUCUCCGAGCAACGAGGAGGAGCUCCGCCGCGCUGUCCUGCUCGCACACUUUGCUGAGGGCAUCAUCGCUUAUUGGCUCGGCACCAUCAACGAUGACUCUAUACUGAGCAGGGUUAGCGGCCGUCCUCGCUCAGCGUACGGUUGGGUGGGGGGCGACUCGCAUCUGUCCUUUCGCGAAGGCGUGCAUGCACUUUCGACACGCACCAAGUAUGUGAAGACCCCCGGGAGAAAAGCGCUCCUCGUAACCGACCGUGAGCGCGUUAACCGCCAAUGGCUCGCACGGUAUCACGCGAUGCCUAGUGGUCGCAAGACGGAGAGGCUCGAGCAGAUGUCUGCCCGCGAUGAAAAGGCACGGGCUGCCAAAGUGACGAAGAAGGCCGCCGAGUUCAAGAAGAGCGGCGCGAAGGGAUAUCCUGCCUCUAAAAUCGGCGGUGUGCUUGUGUACGACUUGCGGAGGAACAACCUCCUGAGCCUGGCAAGACACUACAAUCUCAUGCCCAGAGGCAAGGGAGUGGGAGGCCGCGGCUACUCGGCGCCGAGGCUGCAGCGCAUGCUGGGCAUUAAGAUGCCUAUGGACAGGAAACAGCAGAAUCGUUGGAUCCUGCGCAAGGCAGGGAAGAAAGCCUUUGGUAACAAGAACAGAGAGAGGACGCUGCGCGACAUGGGCAUGACGGAGAAGGAUAUUCCCGUGUAUGACUCAGCCUCCAUGUCGGAGCACAGCUCGGACUCUGAGUAG